AUGGCAUCUGAAACCUCCAUAGAAGUGCCCAGGUGCCUGAUUGAGAGCACACAGAGGCAGGGGCUGGUGGGGCAGCAGAAGACCCUGCAGGUGCUGUCAUAGUUUGCACAGCCCUUGGUGGUGGUGGUGGCCAUCACAGGGCUGUACUGCGCUGGCAAGUCCCACCUCAUGAACAGGCUGGCCCCUUGCAUCCCCUCCACAGGUUUCUCCCUGGCCUUCCCCAUGCAGGCCCAUACCAAAGGUAUCUGGCUGUGGUGUGUGCCUCAGCCCUGUCAGCCUGGACACACGCUGGUGCUCCUGGGCACUGAAGGGCGGGGUGAUGCGGAGAAGGGAAACACCAAGAAUGACGCAUGGAUCUUUGUGCUAGCUGUACUGCUGUCCCGCACUCUGGUCUAUAACAGCAAGGGCACCAUCGACCAGCAAGACAUGGACCGGCUGCACUAUGUGACAAAGCUGACGGAGGAUGUAAAGGUGAAAGCAACACCUCGGGAGAGUGGAGAUGAACUGGAGGAUUCAGAUAAAGUUUCCUAGUUCUUCCUGACCUUUGUCUGGGCCGUGCGGGACUUCACAUUGCACCUGAAGGUGGAUGGGGAGGAAAUCUCUGAGGACGCGUACCUGGAGAAUGUGCUGAAGUUAAAGCCUGGUAGCAGCCGGGAAACCCAGCUCUAUAACCAUUCCCGGGAAUGCCUCCACCAGAUCUCCCCAGACUGGAAGUGCUUUGGUUUUGACUAG